AUGAAUAGUAAGGACACGUUUAGGUUCUUAGUUGAAGAUGAAGACAUGGAUUUGAUACUAGAUGAGGAGAAACACAUGUUUGCUCUUUUAGAAGAAACAUAUGGAGCGGCAAAAGUUAGUACUAACAGACAGUUAGUGAGGACAGACCGAGGUGGAGGUUGGCGUCGGGUGCAACGUUUCAUGAACGAAUCCGAGGUACAAUGCUAUGAUAUUCUUCGCAUGAACCAAGCAACGUUUAGUAGCUUAUGUAAGAUAUUGUCAGAGAAGUAUCAGCUAGUAGAGUCUUGCCAUGUUUACAUAGAGGAGAGUGUGGCAAUGUUCUUAGAAAUGGUUGGCCAAGAUUUAACUAUACGAGCUUUAGCUGAGAGAUACCAGCAUUCACUUGACACAGUGAAAAGAAAGCUAGAUGAGGUUUUAAGUUCCUUGUUGAAACUCGCAGCAGAUACUGUGAAACCGGGAAUGGAUGAGUUUGCAAGUGCUAGUCCUAUUUUAGUAGAUGAUCCGCGAUAUUACCCUUUUUUUAAGGAUUGCAUAGGUGCUCUAGAUGGAACUCAUGUGCCGGUUCGUCCUCCUAGUGGGAAUGCCGAACCAUUCAGAGGUAGAAAAGCAGAACCAACUAUGAAUGUCUUAGCUAUAUAUAACAUUUUGGUGUAUAAUACUUUCUUUGAUCUUCUCUAUAACUGGCUGAGAGUUAAACUACAUGUUCUGAGAAAAGAAUGUUUGGUUAAUGAUAUAAAACAGAACAUGUAUUUCACUUAUGACACUGGAUCUCUAGGCUUUGUUUUUAGUAUCAAGGAACAGCAGCAUCAGUCGCAGAAGAAGGCAAGGAACAAGGGGACACACAAUCAGUCUAAGAUAUGCAGUUGGAAAUUUGAGGGCAAAGCUUUUCAAAGGAGAAGGGAUGAUGCAACCAUGGCUGCACCAGCUGAUUCUUCAACAAAGGACAAACCUGGAUGGAGGAAAAACGAGCAUACUAAGCUACCACCAGCUGAUGAGACUGAGGAUGAGUUGAAACAGAGUGUGUGUGUGCUGAAACCAGCUAAAGAGACUGAAGUUGAACUGAAAACCAGCUGA